GACAAUUUGGACAAUAAUUUGUUGUUUUCUUUAAAUUCUUUGGUGUCUUUGUUCGGUCCAUUCAACGUCUUUUAUUUGCAUAACAUGGUUUGCAUGCGCGUCUAAUGCUUCUUCCGGAAUCAUUUUUCCGAACGGCGAUAUUAUGCCGACUCCGUCGAAGACAAGGAUUUUUUGUAUUUUCAGACAAUCCUAAUAAUCUUUCAGCUAACUCUCUAAAUAUUCUAAUAUCUAUAUCCUUCCUUGUUGCAAUUUUGUAAACCGUUUAGAAAGCGUUUACAACAGAAAUUCUAUACCACACUUUCCUUCAUUAUAUUCAACAACAGCUAGAGGUUUUAAUAUUGCGAACAAACGAAACGAGAGAUCAUUCUUAAGACCACUACUUGAGCGACUCGGAUUACUAAAAUAUCGAUGGGAGUACCUAGCAGAGAACGCUUGGUACUACGGCAGGUGUCACGUAAAAAUUUUUUUUUACUUUUUUAUUUACCAAUAUUUUGCGAUCAAUUCUCGCAGAGAGAAUUUUAAGUAAUUUUCUCUGGCGUGGCGCAGUGGCAUGGCUAAUUAUUUAUAAGCUAAUACUUAUUCUACUGACUCAUUGGCCGUCGCUCCAACUUAAGCACACAGAGCAAAAUAUUGCUAUAUAUAGCCAUAUUAAAACCUGUUUGGACCUAUGGGAUCCAACUGGGGGAACAGCGAGUUCCAAAAUAGAAAUUCUUCAACGGUUCCAAUCGAGAACUCUAAGAUCCUUCAUGGAUGUACCUUGUUAUGUUAUCAACGAAACAAAAUAUCGCGAACUUAAGAUACCCACAGUUAAAGAAGAAAUAUCCAAAUUCAGUAACAGAUAUAAUAUAAGAAUUAACAACCUCCAAAACCCAUUAGUUAGCCAAUUACUUGACACGACGGAUCAGAUCCGCAGACUAAAAAGACAAUACCCUUUAGAUUCAACUAGAAUCAAAGAUACUAUAAACUCUCAUAAUCCAAGCUACAGUAGCACGCAAUUUAAUUUACUUAUAAUUCUCAAUGACAACUGAUUGUAAAAAGUUUCCCAAAUAAAAAAAAAAUUUGUUACGCGUGAAUUAUGUGGCGACAAAAGUCGAUGAAAUAACAAACCGGUCAAGAUUUUACCCAACCAGGCGUAUGAAAGUGAAAUGUUGACCGCAACCAACGAACGUACACUCCUCGCCAAAAAGAUAGGCCGAGGCGUGCUAUCUUUAAUUUCUCAAUGACGCGUGUCAAGUUUUUCGUCUGUAACGUAUAAUAUAUAACGUUCGUUGAAAAUAAUUAAAAAUAUUAUGAGGUUUAGUGUGUAACAAAAAGAAUUGUUCUAUUUUAAGAACGUAUAGAACAAUAAACAACCUGGAAGAUGGAGUCCCCCGCUGGGGGUAACCAUCCACAUGCUAUAUUUUAUCAAAACUUAAAUUAUAAUAUUUUACCAAAUGUCCUAAUAGACAAAUUGUAAAAUGUAAACAAACAAUAAAUAAAAAAAAAGAACGUAAUAAUAGCACACUUGUAAGUAUGGGACGCGGAAAAAAAUUAAACGAGUCUGAAAAGAAGCAAAUUCUUGAACUAAAACAGCGACAGUUAUCAGUAGCAAAAAUAUUAAAAGUAAUAAGAAUAAGUCGUAAAGUAAUACACAAUUUCUUAAAAAAUGUUGAAGAAUAUGGCAAAAAGAAAAGUACCGGCCGGCAGUCAUUGUUAUCCGAUCGUGAUAAGCGAGCAAUUUUGCGUGUAGCUUCCAAUUCGCAGUUAACAACGAAGAAAAUAAUGGAAAAAUCUAGUGUUAGCGCCAGUGUUUCAAGUGUUCGUCGAGUUCUACCAGCCUGCAAAAGUAUUAAGAGGCUAAAGUUGAAAACCUUCGUUAACAACGAAACACAAAGCAGAUCGUUUGCGCUUUGCAAAAGAAAGAAUGCGUUGGGAAAAAGAAAUGGAGAAAGGUACUAUUUUCAAACGAAAAAGAUUCAACUUGGAUGGUCCUGAUGGGUUCCAAUAUUAUUUUCAUGAUAUAAGAAACGAGGCAAUAUCAACGAUUCGACGACAAAUGGGAGGAGGCUGCGUGAUGGUUUGGGCCGGCAUCGGUUAUUUCGGCAAGACAAGUAUCAAGUUUAUCAAUGGGAGAAUGAAUAGUGUCCGAUACAUAAAUUUAAUCAAAGAACAAAUAAAGAAUCAUGCAGAACACAUUUCUGGAACUGAUUAUAUCUUUCAACAAGAUAAUGCAUCUGUAGCCUGCACGCUCUCCGGACCUUAAUAUUAUUGAAAAUUCCUGGGCAGAACAUGUUCACGGGGCAUACGCGAAGAGAAAGCAGUAUCAACACGUACAAGAAUUAAAAAAAUAAAAUUCGCAAUUGUACGCGAAUGGGAUACGUUAAGUCAAAAUUAUAUCCAGACACUAUAUAAAUCGAUACAAAAUUGUACAAUAGAAGUAAUAGAAAAUAAAGGGGAAUGUACCCAUUAUUAAAUAAGUAUAUAUGUUUGAUAAGUAAUUAUUGUUAGUUACAAUUUAUGUUGCUUAUUGUUUUCUUAUUGUACAUGUGCUAUCAUUUCGUUCUUAAAACAAAACAAUUCUUUUUCUUACAUACUAAACCUCCUAACAUUUUUAAUUAUUUUCAACGAACCGCAUAUUGUUACCUCAUAAUGUUUUGAUUGUACACGUUACAGACAAAAAACUUUACACGCGUCAUUGAGAAAUUAAAGACAGCACACCUGGGCUAUAUUUUGGUAAGGAGUGUAGUAAUUAAAAUAAGUGCAAUAUUUUACGUCAUCAAUGAUGUGUCCUGUGACGCAUACGCAUUAUCGCGCUUCAAUUUUAUCGGAAAGCGUUCAGUCUCUCGAGCUCCAUUCGCCAUUCGAGCCCCGUUCAACGCAGUCACAUUUCCGAACACCGAGAGAGCAGCAACGUACUUUAAAGCGAACAAGAGAACAAAAUACAUUCGCGUGGCUGCCGAUAUUUCUCGAUAGUCAAUUCUAAUAAUCCAAGUGUAAAUCUCAUUUCAAAGUAUGAAGUGCGGAAGAAUAUCGUGUACAUGGUUAUCCUUUCUAUCUUUAACAAGCUUUUACGUGUCGAUACAAGCGACCGCGUUAGACCCGAUGACCAUGAGGAAGCUACUUCCAGUGUACGCGGCGUUGGAAAAUGCUGAUCUUCUAAAUUCCAGCAGAUGUCGGACGGAAAUAGAUGAAUUUCGAAAUGCGGUGGAUAACCAAAUACUUUGGGCUCUCAGAGCGUUGGAUACCAGUGGAGUGCCAUCCAGAGGAUUUGUCAUCGGGAACAAUCAUUGGUUAGGAGACCAACAAGAUUGCAAGUAUUUCUCUGAAAAUCGCACGCUAUUUCUAUCAGAAGAAGUACGAAAGAACAAUUCCAUAUAUCGGAACCCCAAUGAAGAGUAUUCACCUUUUGAGUUUCGUUUUUUUGUUGCACGUGCGCGGCACAAUAGCACUAUGCAAUAUCACGUAGAAGUAGAAGACGAAGACUUGGUCACGCUUGGACUUUGCUUACCAGCAUCCUGCAGCAUAGACGAUGUUGCCACUAUGCUUGUUAAAGUAUUUCGUAAUGAGACGCUUUUCAUUGGAAAACUUUUUAAUAUACACUUCAAGCUGAUCGAAGUCUUCGAUUUGGUGGAUGAUCGUCAAUGGCUACUCUCUGCGAAAAUGAUCUCUAUCAUAGGAGUUUUGCUAUCUUUGUGUAUUACCGUAAUAGCGGCCACAGUGUACGACGUUUUCAUCUAUCGAAAGCGUUUAAAUAACGAAAGGAGUAAGCCUACGUUCGAAAGUAACAACGCAAUAGAAUUGGAGAACAUAAAAGAAGGGAAACGCGAAACCAGAAAUGAGGAACCGGCACCCGCCGAGUCGGUAAAGCAGAAUCGUAUCAGCCAAUAUCUUCUGUGUUUCUCAUUUCUCACCAAUGUAAAAGAAAUAUUUAAACCGGAAAAGAGUGGUGAUAAUCUGCGAGUAUUCUACGGCUUGAAAACGUUGACAAUGGUGUGGAUUAUUUUAGGGCACGUGCUGUUCUACGCAUUGCAUGUUCUGAGUAACAAAUGGCUUGUAUAUAUACAGGCUGAAAAUUUACUCAUGCAGGUCAUAAGUAACUUCACAUUUUCGGUGGAUGCAUUUUUCUUUAUGAGUGGUUUUCUCUUGUCAUAUACAUUUCUGAAGGAACGACGGAAAUAUCAGGGAAUCCCGCCUAUAGCAAAAAGGAUGAACAAUUUUUUUCAAAAGAUUGUCAAACGAUAUAUAAGGCUUACACCUGCAUAUUUCAUCGUUAUAUUAAUCGCGAUAUUGAAUUUUACCUGGCACGAUCAUGUCUCAACACUUCUUCCCGUUGAGCAUCCAAGUACUAAGUGUUCCAAAUAUUGGUGGACUAACAUACUUUACAUCAACAACUUCUAUAGGUGGGAUGAGCUAUGUCUCACAUGGAGUUGGUACCUGCCCAACGAUAUGCAGUUCUUCGUAUUUGGCAGUUUUCUCCUAACUUUAUCGAUCACGCAUUACAAUAUUGCCGUGGGUAUAGGCGUUCUUACAUUAGUUUCAUCGAUAGGAUCACUAGCUUACACGGGAUACACUCUUAAUUACCAUCCUACGUUGGACGAACAAUAUAAGACACUGACAUACUUUUAUAUACGACCGUGGUGUAGAAUACCGCCAUACCUCAUAGGGAUGACCACAUGUCAUCUUCUUGCAAAAUGCAAUUACAAAUUACAGUUAUCAAAAAGAAGCUUAAUUUUUGGUUGGACCUUGGCAAUUUUAUGCAAUUGUUCGAUUCUCUUCGGACUCGCGAACAAGAACAUAUCCUUAGGUCUCUCCGUUCUGUAUUUGGCCCUCAGUAGAACAAGCUGGGCAUUAAGUAUUGCCUGGCUCGUAGUUGCAUGUACUACGAAUAAUGGUGGUAUCGUGAACAAAAUCUUAUCGCUGGAUAUUUUCGUCUCUUUCAGUAAAUUAACGUAUGGCGCUUAUCUCACAAAUUGUAUUAUUACUCUUUCGUUAUAUUCGUUAGAUAAUUAUUCUCUCUUUCUGUAUUACACCAAUAUUGGCUAUGCUAUCAUUACAGUAGUUAUUUGCAGUUUCAUUGCUGCUAUUGUCCUAUCCGCAACAACAGAAAUGCCGUUUAUAUCACUUGUCCGAUUGUACAAUAAUUCAGAAAGAAUGAAAAGAAACAUGUACUAAUACAUAUUU